AAAGGAGACCCUUUUCUUUUCCGGCUCGUGGAGAGGCUGAGUAUCUGAAGUUUGAGAACGUUUUAAUCGGCUCUUCUACUGGCCCCCAGCCGUCAACAUGCCACAAAAUGAAUACAUAGAGUUACAUCGAAAGCGGUAUGGCUACCGCUUGGAUUACCAUGAAAAAAAGAGAAAGAAGGAAAGCCGAGAGGCUCAUGAACGGUCAAAGAAAGCAAAGAAAAUGAUUGGUCUAAAGGCCAAACUCUACCAUAAACAGCGUCAUGCUGAGAAGAUUCAGAUGAAAAAGACUAUCAAGAUGCAUGAAAAGAGAAAUACCAAGCAAAAGAACGAUGAAAAAACUCCCCAAGGAGCAGUGCCUGCAUAUCUGCUAGACAGAGAGGGACAGUCCCGAGCCAAAGUCCUUUCCAACAUGAUUAAACAGAAACGAAAAGAGAAAGCUGGUAAAUGGGAAGUACCCUUGCCAAAAGUUCGGGCCCAGGGAGAAACAGAAGUAUUAAAGGUUAUUCGUACAGGAAAAAGAAAGAAGAAGGCUUGGAAGAGAAUGGUUACUAAAGUCUGUUUUGUUGGGGAUGGCUUUACUCGAAAACCACCAAAAUAUGAAAGAUUUAUUAGACCAAUGGGUUUGCGUUUUAAGAAGGCUCAUGUAACUCAUCCUGAACUUAAAGCUACUUUUUGCCUGCCCAUACUUGGUGUGAAGAAGAAUCCCUCCUCCCCAUUAUAUACAACUUUGGGUGUUAUUACCAAAGGGACUGUCAUUGAAGUGAAUGUGAGUGAGUUGGGUCUUGUGACACAAGGAGGCAAAGUUAUCUGGGGAAAAUACGCACAGGUUACCAACAAUCCAGAAAAUGAUGGAUGCAUAAAUGCUGUCUUGCUUGUUUAAUUGACUGAUUAAAUGAAGUUCUACAUCUUUA